AUGUCUAUAACACUUUCAACAAAAACUUCCCCAUUUCCUUACGCUUCGAUCGCCAUCGCGACGUACACGCAGAAAGUAGACAUAAACUACGACGAAUCAGUAGAUGCCGUCACUCUAGACUUUGAGGGUUCACAGAUCUCUACGGACCAUGAGAUCACUGCCGCGUAUUUUGAGCUCGCAAAAACUGUGCCGACAUUGACAGCGAUCCCGGAUAUCAUUGCUCUUCUCGAUUCUUUGGAUAACCAUCUCGCAUAUCGCACCUUCCUCGUCGGCCACGACAUGACUGCAGCCGAUUUCAUCAUCUGGGGUUCAAUCAAAGUUGCACCAAAAUUUAUUGGGUUUCUCAAGAAUGGGCAGCAGUAUGGUCAUCUUCUUCGGUGGAUGUCUCACAUCGAGAGUCUCGAUUCCAUUCAAGCUACGCUCGCGGGCCUCGCAGCAGCUAAAGCCAAUAAAGCCAGAUCAAAUAAAACGGCCGCAGGGUUCGCUCUUGGCCUCCAAAAUGCAAAGGAAGGUCACGUCGUCACACGUUUCCCGCCUGAACCCUCUGGGUACCUCCACAUUGGUCAUGCAAAGGCCGCGAUGCUGAACCAGUAUUUCGCAAAAAUGUACAAUGGGAAGAUGAUCAUUCGGUUUGAUGAUACUAAUCCCACGAAAGAGCGGGCUGAGUUCGAGGAAACUAUCUUGCAAGAUUUGGAGCUCCUGAACAUCCGCGGGGAUAAAGUGACCCAUACAUCAGAUCACUUUGACCGGAUUUAUGAAUUAGCCAUCCAAAUGAUCAAGAGCGGUAAAGCUUACGCCGAUGAUACCGAGCAAUUACAGAUGCGCGAGGAACGAGGCAAAGGUGUUGCAUCUGCUCGUCGAGAUGACUCAAUCGAGGACAACCUGAGGCACUUUGAGGAGAUGAAGACCGGAACUACAGAAGGUCUGAGAUGGUGUAUUCGCGCGAAAAUGAGCGUGGACAAUCAGAACAAAGCUAUGCGUGACCCCGUCAUUUACCGAUGUAACUUAAUCCCUCAUCACCGAACUGGAGAUAAAUGGAAAAUAUACCCUACCUACGAUUUUGCGUGCCCAAUCGUGGACUCCCUCGAGGGAGUUACCCAUGCCCUCAGAACGAACGAAUAUCGUGAGCGAAAUGCACAAUAUCAGUGGAUGAUCAAAGCUCUUGGCAUGCGCAGUCGUCUCAGUUUCGUCUAUACACUUUUGUCCAAGCGGAAGUUGCAUUGGUUCGUAGACAGCGGAAUAGUUGGGGGUUGGGAUGACCCACGUUUCCCAACCUAUUCGGGACGUGGACUAACCGUGGAUGCGUUGUCACAGUUCAUGUUGGCUCAGGGGCCUUCGCAAGCAAUUGUAUCGCUCGAGUGGGACAUGAUCUGGGCCAUUAAUAAGAAAGUAAUUGAUCCUGUUCGCUCCGCGGUUCUGGGCCAUUGUGAAGGAGAACAGGUGCCGUCAUCAGCAACACCAAACACAUGUCUGCAAGCUGACACAGCUGUCCACAGUGUCGUUGUAACCAUCAACGAUGGUCCCCCUGCACCCGAGGUGAAGACCCUACCACGGCAUAAGAAGAAUCCAGAUGUCGGCGAGAAAAAGACCGUAUUUACGUCUACCAUCCUUGUCGAGCAGGAAGACGCCAUUUCCUUCGAUGAUCAAGAGGAGAUAACGUUGAUGGACUGGGGGAAUGCCAUCGUCCGGUCUAAGACCACGGGCCCCUCGGUCGACGUAACGCUCCUUGAUUACGACUACCUAAUCACGAAGAAGAAGCUCGAGGAGGCGGACGACAUCAAAGAUUUCGUCACGCCCUUCGCAGAUGCGAACGUAAGCACGCUCACUAAAGGAGACAUUAUUCAGUUUGAGCGGAAGGGUUAUUUCAUAUUUGAUGGUACUGCGGAGGAUGGGAAGCUCGAGUUCAUCCGGAUUCCCGAUGGGCGCGCGGCUAAUCUGGCUAGUAAAGCCGGGAAGCCUGGUGUUGUUACCAUCGAGUCUCCAGUGCCGGCCUCGGGGACUACCGCCGACGCUGAUUAUGUCCCCUCCUCGACGAUGUACAAGGUGGCGAAGAUUUAUGGCGACGAACCAGUGAAGCCUGUGUCCACAACAAAGAUGUACAAGGUCUCGAAUGUGUACGAGUGA